AUGGAGGAGUUCCUGCGCUCCUACAGCCGGCUGUGCCGGGAGCGGGGCGCCGAGCCGCAGGAGACCGUGCUGCAGCGCCUGCACGAGCUGCCGCGGGGCCGGCUGGACUUGGCGGCGCAGAGCCUGACCCUGGACACCUGCAGGGCGCUGGGCGCGCUGCUGCCCAGGGAGGCCCAGCUGACGGAGUUGGUCCUGAGCGACUGCAUGCUGAGCGAGGAAGGGGCCGCACUGCUGCUCCAGGGGCUGUGUGCCAACACCAUCCUGCGGUUCCUGGACCUGAAGGGCAACAACCUCCAGGCCAGAGGGGCUGAGGCUCUGGGGAAACUCCUCCGACAGAACAAGUCCAUUCAGAGCCUCACCCUGGAGUGGAACAGCUUGGGGGCCUGGGAAGAGGCCUUCGCCACCUUCUGCCGGGCGCUGGCGGGCAACCCCGCCCUGCGGCAGCUGGACCUCCGCAACAACCAGGUCAGCCACCAGGGCGCCGAGGAGCUGGCCCUGGCCCUGAAGGCCAACACCGGCCUGCAGCAGCUGGACCUGCGCUGGAACAACAUUGGCCUCCUGGGCGGCCGGGCCCUGGCGAGCUGCCUCUCCAGCAACCGGAGCCUGUGGCGGCUGGAGCUGGCCGGGAACAGCGUGCCCAGCGACGUCCUCAGAGCCGUGGAGCAAGCCAUGGAGCACAGCCAGGACCGGAAGGCCGCCGCCCGGGAGAGCCGCGCCCGCACCCGCGUGCUCAGCAAGGAGGUGCGGCACCUGCAGGAGGAGAAGUCCAAGCAGUUUCUGGACCUGAUGGAGACCAUUGAGCAGCAGCGGGAGGAGCUGGCCCGGAGCAGCAGGGCGUCGGCCUUGCGCGUGGGGCAGCUUCAGGAGGCCCUGGACGAGAGGCACUCCAUCAUCAACGCCCUCAAGGCCAAGCUGCAGAUGGCCGAGGCCGCCCUGGCGCUGUCGGAGCAGAAGGCCCAGGACCUGGGGGAGCUGCUGGCCGCGGCCGGGCAGGAGCAGCAGAGCCUGGCGCAGAAGCAAGCCAAGGAGCACCGGCUGCAGCAGCAGGAAGCUGCAGAGCGCGAGUCCAAGCUGCUCAGAGACCUGUCCGCUGCCAACGAGAAGAACCUGCUGCUGCGAAACCAGGUGGACGAGCUGGAGCGGAAGGCGAAGUCGCAGCAGGACCAGCUGUUCCUGGCCAGGCAGGAGCUGACCAACACGGCGGCCGAGCUGAAGAUGCGAGCCGUGCAGGCCGAGGAGCGCCUGGACCUCGAGAAGCGGCGGUCUCGGCAGAGCCUGGAGGACGCGGAGCAGCUGCGCGCCAAGGAGGUGGAGCACAUGGCACGCCACCUGGAGGAGAGCGAGCGGGCCCUGCAGGAGCGGGUGCAGAGGCUGGAGGCCGCGCGGCUGUCCCUGGAGGAGGAGCUGAGCCGGGCGAAGGCGGCGGCCCUCGGUGAGCGUGGCCGGGCCGAGGAGGAGCUCAUGAAGGCCAAGAGCCAGGUCCGCCUGGAGGAGCAGCAGCGCCUGGGACACCUGGAAGAGAAGCUGCGGCUGCUGGCGCAGGCAAGGGACGAGGCGCAGGCCACCUGCCUGCAGCAGAAGCAGAUGGUGGCCGAGGCCCAGGCGCGGGGCGGCCAGCUGGGCCUGCAGGUGGAGGCGCUGAGGCGGCGCCUGGAGGAGCUGCAGCAGGAGCUGAGCAACAAGGACCAGGAAAAGGUGGUGGAGGUGACCCGGGUGCGGGUGGAAUUCCAGGAGCAGAACGGCCGCCUGCAGGCGGAGCUGGCCGCCCAGGAAGGGCUGAAGGAGAAGGUGGCAGCCCUGGAGCGUCAGCUGAGAGUGACGGCGAGUGCCCACCGGGAGGCGCUGCUGGACCGGGAGAGCGAGAACGCCUGCCUCCGCGAGAAGCUGCGGCUGCGGGAGGCGGAGAUCGCGCGCAUCCGGGAGGAGGAGGCGCAGAGGGCCAGCUUCUUGCAAAGCGCGGUCCUGGCCUACGUGCAGGGGUCCCCCGCGAGGGCCCUGAGCCCCCACAAGUGA